CAUGGCAUCGCAAAGCAUUUCUCAGUCUCUGGCUGUUUGAUAGAACGCUACGCGCAAUCUGGAAGCUGUGUUUUCUCAUAGCCUUUAGAGUGAGCAGCCUGACUGUGGGAGGCGAGGACAUACGCAGCUGAAGCGCAAGCUGAACAUGAACUUCAAAUCUGAGAGCUAGCAGUUUAUUCGGCCAGGACUUCACUCAUACCUUGAUGCACAAGGGCGGUGGUGUGGAUAUUCUUUGACCACUCAUUUUCCUGAAGUGAUUGCUGUCUUUGACUCCACGACAAGUGUGUGGACAUCUAACUGGAGCACUUUUAAUUUUGGUGAUCAGACUCUAAACUUCGGUUUUAUUCGCUCCGAGGCGCUGUCAACGGACGGACGGGCUGGACGCGACUGUUCAGAGAAGGCAGUCUGUUGCGGAGUUCGACUCUUCCUAGGAUGGGGAAAAGUGUGAAGACUGCGAAAAGAAACAUUGGGGACGCGGGAUUCGUAUCGCAAAUGAUCUUCAUACCUGUGGUUUUGCUUAUGGUCCUGGUGAAUACAGGAAUCGCCCAAGACGAUGACUACAUGGGGCUGGGCGAGCUUCCCGAGACGUUCCCGUCGGACCCUCCGGAGCCACUGCCCCACUUCCUGGUGGAGCCCGAGGAGGCCUACAUCGUCAAGAACAAGCCCGUGAACCUCUACUGCAAGGCCACGCCUGCCACACAGAUCUACUUCAAGUGCAACAGCGAGUGGGUCCACCAGAAGGAACACACUGUGGAGGAGCGAGUGGACGAGACCUCAGGCCUGGUAGUGCGUGAGGCCAGCAUCGAGAUCACACGGCAGCAGGUGGAGGAGCUCUUUGGCCUGGAGGACUUCUGGUGUCAGUGUGUUGCCUGGAGCUCUGCCGGGACCACCAAGAGCCGGAAGGCCCACGUCCGCAUCGCCUAUCUCAGGAAGACGUUUGACCAGGAGCCUCUUGGGAAGGAAGUCUCUUUGGAACAGGAAGUACUUCUCCAGUGCCGCCCACCCGAAGGCAUACCUGCUGCUGAGGUGGAGUGGCUAAAGAACGAGGAAGUCAUUGACCCUGCUGAUGACCGUAACUUUUACAUCACCAUCGACCACAACCUGAUCAUCAAGCAAGCCCGGCUCUCGGACACGGCAAACUACACCUGCGUGGCCAAGAACAUCGUGGCUAAACGCCGGAGCACAACUGCCACGGUCAUCGUCUACGUGAACGGCGGUUGGUCGACGUGGACAGAGUGGUCGGUGUGUAACACCCGCUGUGGGCGUGGGUACCAGAAACGGACGCGCAGCUGCACCAAUCCGGCGCCGCUGAAUGGAGGGGCUAUCUGUGAAGGUCAGGCCAUCCAGAAGCUGGCCUGCAACCCGCUGUGUCCAGUGGACGGUGUGUGGACGGAGUGGAGCAAAUGGUCGACGUGCGGGACGGAGUGUGCCCACUGGCGGAGGCGGGAGUGCAACGCCCCGGCGCCCAAAAACGGGGGCAAGGACUGCGAUGGCACCGUGCUGCAGUCCAAGAACUGCACAGAUGGACUGUGUAUGCAGAGUUCUUUCUAUCAGAAGUCCUCAGAGCCCAAAGAAAGGCCUGAUAGUGGAGUUCCGAGCGCCCCGAGUACGGACGACGUGGCACUGUAUGGGCAUCGGGCCAUCGCCGUCAUCAUGUGCCUGGUCAUCUCCGUCAUCGUGGCACUCUUCGUCUACCGCAAGAACCACCGUGACUUCCACUCGGACAUCAUGGACUCGUCCGCCCUCAACGGGGCUUCCAGAUCCGUGUAUCUGUGUAGUGCUAGGCAGCCUGAUCUCCUCACCGCUCCACCUGACCUGACGUCUGCGGCGGCUAUGUACCGCGGCCCCGUCUACGCGCUCCAGGACGUGGCCGACAAGAUCCCCAUGACCAACUCGCCCCUCCUCGACCCUCUGCCCAAUCUCAAGAUCAAGGUGUACAACUCAUCCGGUCUGGUGACGCCCCAGGAGGAGCUGUCGGACUUCACCAGCAAGCUGUCCCCCAAGCUGCAGCACUGCCUGCUGGACGGGGACACCAUGAGCCGCCGCACCCAGAGCCUGGUGCGCUCCCGGGACCCGUCAUGCACCGCCUUCGGCUCCUUCAACGCCCUGGGUGGGCAUCUCAUCGUCCCCAACUCAGGCGUGAGCUUACUGGUGCCGGCUGGAGCUAUUCCACAGGGACGCGUGUAUGAGAUGUUUGUGACUGUGCACAGGAAGGACAGCAUGAGGCCGGGGGUGGAUGACUCCCAGACGGUGCUGAGUCCGGUGGUGAACUGUGGCCCCAUAGGUGCCCUCUUGACACGGCCCGUCAUCAUCACCAUGCACCACUGUGCCAAGACCGACCAGGAUGACUGGCUCAUCCAGCUGCGCAGCCAAUCACAGCAGGGACACUGGGAGGAUGUGGUUGUGGUCGGUGAGGAGAACUUCACCACGCCAUGCUACAUCCAGAUGGACGAGGAGGCCUGCCACAUCCUGACCGAGACCCUGGGCACCUACUGCCUGGUGGGGCAGUCCAUCAGCUCGGCCACCACCAAGAGGCUGAAGCUGGCCAUCUUUGGCCCGGUCACCUGCACCGCUCUGGAGUACAACAUACGGGUCUACUGCCUGGACGACACUCAGGACUCCCUGAAGGAGGUGCUGCAGAUGGAGAAGCAGAUGGGCGGCAAGCUGCUGGACGAACCAAAGACGCUCAACUUCAAGGACAGCACCCACAACCUGCGCCUGUCGCUCCAUGACGUCCCGCAUACCCAGUGGAAGAGCAAGCUGCUGGCCAAGUACCAGGAGCUGCCGUUCCAGCAGGUGUGGAGUGGCGCCCAGAGGAACCUGCACUGCACCUUCACGCUGGAGCGUCUGAGCGCCUGCACGGUGGAGCUGGCCUGCAAGCUGUGUGUGCGGCAGGUGGAGGGCGAGGGUCAGAUCUUCCAGCUCAACGCCACCCUCUCCGAGGACACCCAGUGCAUCGACACCUCCCUGCUGGACCCGGCCAGCAACAUCACCACCCUGGUGGGGCCGAACGCCUUCCGCAUCCCCCUGUCCAUCCGCCAGAAGCUCUGCGGCAGCCUGGACGCCCCACAGACACGCGGCAACGACUGGAGGAUGCUGGCACACAAACUCAACCUGGACAGGUACCUGAACUACUUUGCCACCAAGUCCAGUCCGACGGGGGUGAUCCUGGACCUGUGGGAGGCGCAGCACUUCCCCGACGGCAACCUGAACCGCCUGGCCGCCGUGCUGGAGGAGAUGGGCCGCGUGGAGAACAUCGGGUCCAUGACCAUGGAGCACUGACCCCCGUCGACCGCGCGGGGGCUUCUAGCAGAAAACCGUUCCAUUGCAGGGAAGUUGGACAGCUGACAGGAUGCAUACACACACACACACACACACACACACACACACACACACACACACACACACUUCCACUCACACACACACACACACACACACACACACACACACACACACACACACACACACACACACACACACACACACAAACUAAGACAGAGCCCUGAACAAGCAUUAACAAAACUCCCAUCCUGAAAAUGUUGAGAUAAAACUCUAGACGAAAAUUGUGCAGGAUAGAAAUCUCAGCGCAGGAGAAUAGAUUGCUUUGAUCCAUACAUAUGUAAAACAAAUGGACUUGAAUAGUGGUGGUGGGGAAAUGGAAUAAGAGGGGAGAAAGUAAUGACUAAACUAGAAGAGAAAAAAUAGCCCUGUCUGUACGAUUCCUGGUACAGUUUUCUAUUUCCCAAUACAGUUUCCUAGGAAACGCAUGUCUCUGCUGUCCAUUUAUUGGACCUCCUACUCCACCUUUACAGGAAGCGUAGGCAAAUGAUUGACAGGCGAGGGUGCAGGGCAGGGCGGGGCUUCAACACGUGGGCAGAAUCAGGGGAUGGUGGCACCCACUAGAGCUGGCACAGGAAAGUGGGAAGAUGGGAAACGGGUGCUACAGUGGGCACCCAAGUGCCAGCUUGUGCCAUCUCCUGCCACGUGCCUGAUGCAGUGCUUAUGGUUUCUCCUCCCCUACUGUACAUCACAUUUACUUUGGAAUAACCUGAAAGUACUCCAGUCCUGAUUUUAUAUGAAUAUAUAUUUAAUAUUGCCUUUAUUUAUACACAUGUAUCUCUCCCAUGGUUUGAUUUUUGUGUGGCUUCAUAUAUUAGCCUAAUUUACACAUGUCUUCUUGAUUUUUUGUUUUCUUUCUUGGCUGUUUGUGUAGGUGUUUUUUUUUUUUUUAAUUUUUAAAAUCACAAUUCCUUGGACACAUUUUUAUUCAUUGCUUCAUAGUGCCACCUAGUGGAUAUCCUCAGCAACAGCAAGGCUCUGCCACCGUACUGUAGGCAACAAAUUGGGAGUGUGCAGCCUGUAAAUAAGCCAGUACAUCAUCAAUUGUACAGCGGUGUAAUGAGUAUGACCAUUCUUUCCUUGUGUUUUGGUUUCAUGGUGAUCAGUAAUUAUAGCUGCGAUUUAGCAACAGAAGUAACUACCAAAAUCUGUUCUUUGCAAGUGUGUUUGUCCUGUCUGAGUUGCAAGAUACCAGCAGAAGCAGUGAAUUUUCUCGGUCACCAAUUAAAAUGGAGGUGACACGAAAGGCUUGAUUUCUGUGCUGUGCCGUGAGUUCAACAUGACCAGUUUUUUGCAGCCACAUUUUGAACCAAUUCCACCAUUGGUUCCUUUUGACACUGUUUCAACACCAUCCAUAUUUGUUUGUCUUGUUGAUAAUAAUCAUAUGAAGAUGAUGACAAUAUCAACUGUGUUUGAUUGUAAUUCAGUGAUAAUUUCUCUGUUGCUGUUGUUGAUGCUUUUUGAAACAACUGGACAUCUUUGUUCAAAAACACAAACGCAAAAAGGAUGAUUUAGGUGUGUAUAGAGAUUUGUGUGCUAGAGCUGGACAAAGUGUAAAAGAACGUUUUAUAAACCUGCUGUGUUGGAUUUGUGGAGGUGUUAUCGGGAUUAUGAACCUCACCUCCUCCUCUUAGAGACUUCUCUGAUCCAAUAGAGAGAGAAAACUAGGCCCGGGAGCAUACAAGUUAGCAGAAAGAAACUGAUGAUAGAAUGCAGUGGAUAAUUGAAAGUUUCAGCCUUUUUUUCACAGGAUGAAACAAGUUUGUGACUAGACUGGUAAAAAAAAAAUAUUUGUAUUUUUCCUUUUUUGGUUCCUUUUUUCUCUUGUACACGUUUCUAAAAGCUGUCUAUGCAAACCUACCAUCAUUUAUAUUCUGAAAUGUACAUGCAUCAGAGUGCUAGCAGUGGCAUUCUAUAGGUGUCACAGCUCUUGAUUGUGAACGUUAUAUUUAUGGUGGGGAUGUUACCAAUUAUUUUAUGGCACGUUCAUGAUGUUCCUUGCAACAGCUUGCAUUUUUUUUUCUCUUUGUGAAGUUUCUGUACAAAAUGUAAGAAAGAAUUUUUAAACUGGUAAUAAAUUAUAUUUAUAUGCAACACUGAA